CACGUCAAAAAACAUGAAACCAUGUACGUGCACUUCCCGUUUACAAAGGACACUUGAAGCAUAAAGAUGGAUCUUGUUCUCACUGAACUACCCAUUUACCCGCUCGUGUGACAGUUGACAAUAUAUAUCCGGAUAUAAAAUAGGAGAUACGCAAACAUUUCGGCUUUGACAUUGUAUUUAUCUUCUAAGUAGCUCUUUGGCCAUCGUUCCGGUGACGUGUUUCCGUAGAUGGCGGCGAUUUGGCUCUUGGCCUCGUAGUUGCUCUUUGAAAUGGGCAUCACCACGGCGCAUGCGCAUUGCGUUGCUCGACAGCGCCCCCGUCCGUCGUGGCGACUUGGAAAGAAGCGAGCUGUCAAUCCGCUCAGCAUCCUCACGCAAACCGCCGCGACCAGCACACGAGCAGCACAGGAGCAGCACAGGAGCAGCAGGACUUUGCCGGCUCCCUCCGCUGACGCCCCCCACCCCCCGCCAUUUGGAUCGCAUCAUGGCUGUGCCACCUUGCUACGCAGACUUGGGCAAAGGCGCCAAGGACAUCUUCAGCAAAGGCUACGGCUUUGGACUGGUCAAGCUGGACCUGAAGACCAAAUCUCAAAGUGGCGUGGAGUUCAACACGUCGGGCUCCAGCAACACCGACUCGGGCAAAGCGACGGGCAGCCUGGAGACCAAAUACAAGAUGAAGGAGUUGGGCCUGAGCGUCAACCAGAAGUGGAACACCGACAACACGCUAGCCACCGAGGUCACGCUGGAGGACCAGCUAACUCAAGGCCUGAAGGUGGCGUUGGAAACGUCUUUUGUCCCAAACACGGGCAAGAAGAGCGGCAAGCUGAAGACGGGCUACAAGCGCGACUACGUCAACUUGGGCUGCGACGUGGACUUUGAGGGCCCCGUGGUGCACGCCGCCGCCGUGCUGGGCUACGAGGGCUGGCUGGCCGGCUACCAGAUGGCCUUCGACACGGCCAAGUCCAAACUGGCUCAGAACAAUUUUGCGCUGGGCUACAAGGCCGGAGACUUCCAGCUGCACACCAACGUUAACGACGGCACCGAGUUCGGCGGCUCCAUCUACCAGAAAGUGAACGAGGCGCUGGAGACGGCCGUCACCUUGGCCUGGACCGCCGGCAGCAACAACACUCGCUUCGGCAUCGCCGCCAAGUACAAAAUGGACGCCGACACUUGGCUGUCUGCCAAAGUCAACAACGCAAGUCUCAUCGGGGUGGGCUACACUCAGAGCCUCCGACCAGGAGUCAAGGUCACACUGUCGGCGCUGAUCGACGGGAAGAACUUCAACGCCGGCGGCCACAAGGUGGGCAUGGGCUUUGAGCUGGAGGCGUAGACAAAGAAGACAAAGAGAGGCCCGUCAUGUAGCUCCUCCCCCACACGCACCGCAUCCCACCAAUCACACGCAAGCAUGUUGAGCAUGGAGAUGAUGAUGAGCAUACGCUGCUGGUGCUCUUUGACUGACCGACCGUGUGCGAGUGACGUCUCUUCCUGUGUGUGUGUGUGUGUGUGUGUGUGUGUAUGAGUGACAUGUCUUCCUGUAGAAGGUGGCCGCGACUAGCUUACGCAGGGUGUCGCUAGGUGAAAACAAUCUCCUGCUUGUUAGCCUUGCUAGCGAGUCGAGUUUGCUUUUCGACCCGAUUGUUUUCAUCUACUGUGGCCCCCCCCAAAAGUGUUUUUUUCUUUUUUCUUCCGGGUCUUAUCAUCAGCGUGACGUCGACCUGACUUUUCCAUGUCAUCAACUAUGAUUAAAGCUAUUUCAAAUCA